ACUUGUCUGGUUAGUGAGGUUACAGUAAACCCCAUUGCUCAUGCGCCUCGUCCCCGCCCACCCUCUCCACUGCGGGACUCCCUCAUAUCAGCGCCGCGCGCCGUCAGUGUGCCAACAGCCAGCGCGGAGCGCAGAGCGCAGCGCCACAGCCACAGGAUCAUACAGCCUCACUGGACCUGGAGCACAACUCCUGAGUAGACACUGUGAAGGAUUAAGGGUCUGCACAGGUGAGGACGAGAUCCACCUCUCUGCCAUCUGUCCUUCAACGGAUCGAGUGCCUUGGUGCCGGCCACCCUCAGGUCAACUCAUCUGCAACAAGAGCGGAACAAUAAGUCUGGACCCGACGUACCUUGGAAGGCCAGCACAAAGCAAAUAUUUGAGCCCAUUAUAUCUGAUUUCCCCAGGCAGUCGCCACUGAAGAGCAGGAAAAGUGGGGGAGGAAGAAGUUACCCUUUCAGAGUGCACCCUGCUAGCUAUUUUUGCCACGCUGUGGGCAGGGAGCAUCUCAUUUGGCUUACAAAAAGACAUUCCCUCAAAAAAUCCUGAAUAAACAGCGGAUAGGGAUAUCAGACGCUUAACUAUCUUUAGAAAACAUCCAAACAAACGUGGAGUCUGUGGUCUCCUUGACUUGUCUAAGACUCGUCGAGAAUGAUUCCAGAGCUAUGAGAGCAGCGGGGUGGGCUGACUCCGCCGUCUGAUCUUCUCCUCAGCCAGCAAGGGAAUCGGGACUUAGUUUAGGAGCUGGCGUUUGGAUGCCUCUCCCAGCGUGCUGAAGUAACAUGAAACCCCUCACGCCGAUCGGAUCCCCGUCUCCCCUGAGGCUCCUCAACAAGGGUCCGGACUACCUGCGCAGGCAGAUCGACGGUGGAGGUCACGGGCGCUCCGUCAGCGCGGUGGAAAGGCUGGAAGCAGACAAAGCCAAGUAUGUCAAGAGCCAGCAGGUGAUCAACAACAAGCAAGAGCCCGCGCUCGUGCCCUGCGCCACGCCACCGCCACAGACCCGCCGAGCUUUCUCCACACCCGGCAGCCUGACCCCCCAUCUGCCCCCGCGGCGUUUAUCCAACACCCCCUUCUCCGUUUCAUCUGGAUCUUUCCUCUCAAGAGAUGAAAAUGAAAACGAUGACUCCAGAAAGGAGAACAGACGGACUUCAGUUGACAUUGAGGCGCGCAACAGGAGCAACGUGAACAAUGUGACGCCGCCGGGUCCCCGUACACCCGGAACGAACAUCUUGGUGGCCCCGCACAGCGCCCCGGUGCUCAGGAAGAGCACGGGCAAGCGCAUGUUGAGGCCGGACUCUCUGGUCAUCUAUCGGCAGAAGAAGGAGUGCAAAAGCCCCAGCGGGGCGGUGGGCGCAGAAAACAACAACAUGGAGAUGAAGGGACAGAGCUUUGUCCGACGCCUCUUCCAGGGCUCCAUGAGGGAAAAGAGUGGUGGUGGGGAGGGCAGAAUCCAGAAGAUGGUGAUUGGUGAGGAGAAAGCGCCGUCUCGGGACGGCGACUCUCGCAUGUCUUGGACCAACGACAAAGAUGCUCCAGACGGCGCAGGAAGCCGUAAAACCGGCCAAGAACGAAGCCCCGCCAGCCCCAGAUCCAGACUCGAAAACACAAACAGUGACGGAGUAAACAAUGCUGUUACCAACGGCAACGAUGACGACAAUGACCCCUGGAAGCGUGUGUCCCCACCCCCUUCAAGAAGAUUCUUCGGGGAGCUGCAGCGCUCCAAGUCAGACUUGCUCCUGCACUGCUCGGUCUCAGAGCAGGAGCACUUCUUCGACUUCUGCGGCUUGGACUUGGACAUGAUAGAGCGUCUGGGUCGACAGAACUUUCUCUCCGGCGCCAGCUCCAUGGACACGCUCUCUCUGGCUCUCCGCAGCGUGAGCGGAGAUGGCGGCGGCGGCGCUUCCGAGCCCAGCGAGUUCUCCCGCCAUUCAGGAGACGGGCUGUUCCAGGAGGAGCUGGCAGAGCAGCUUCCCACCGGCGUGUCCAUCAUCGAGAGGAACGCCCGGGUCAUCAAGUGGCUUUACGGCUGUAAAAACGCCGCUCAGGAAGGACCCAAAGAGUCCACCGUUUAAAGUGUGGACACGGAUCUGGAGUGUUGAGUCUUCUAUUUUUACAAAUAAACCAGUAGAUAAGCACAUGUUUGUCAGGGCGGGGGAGGUGUUUCAGCUGAUUCAGGAGUAAUAGAAGAACUGUUGCAGUAUUUCACCACAAACUCAGUAAAGUGACCAAAUCCUUACAGAAUUUCACAGUAUUUUUAUGAACAUUUUAGGAUUUUAAAGGGGGCAUUGCUAUGUAUUUAUAAUUUCCUUUUUUCACACACUGUAUACAUUGUAAGUUAAAGAAAAAAAAUUCUGAUAAACAAUUAGCACAAAUUUAAAUCCUAAAAUUAGGAAGUAAAUUAAAACACUUCUCCCUCUCAAGUCGUCACGUAUUGGCGUUUGGUUAAGGACCUCUCCAUGACACUUUUUGAUGGUUUGAGUGUGCCCAACUUGUCGAUUUUUGACGUGCUGACUGUUCCCAUUUUGAAACAUUUGAUUUGAUUUAUUAAAACAAAAAAAGACGUAAACAAAUGCAAAAAAAAUCAAUGCAAUCACCUUUUAUAAAAGAAAAGUCACAUACCAAAUUCAAUAAAUACAUGUUUGAAUAGGAGAUAGGCAGAAGCAAAGGCAUAUUUAAGUCUAUCCCUCUGUCUUUUUUCCAGUAACUCAAAUAAUUCACAAUAUAUAAAUAUAAUCAAAGCAAAAUAAUAUUCCAGUAACUUUACAUUUUUCCACAAUUACCAUUUCAAUCAAAAAUAGUUUAAGUCAUAAUUUUUGUUCUUCCAUCUUAUAUUUGGACAACCCAUUAAACCAUGGGUCCCCGACCUCCAUGUCCCGGUACAGAACCGGUCCUGUACCAGGACAUGGAGCGCACUGGUACACUAACCCAAUACCGAUACCCUAACCCAGAUGCAAUACCAGACCCAAACCAGUGCUAGAUGCUGUUGGGCACUGUACAGAGCACAAACUGGAACCGGGUCAGGGUACCAGUACUGGACGCAUCCCAAAGACCAGCCCACGUCUGGUACCGCAUCUGUCACUUUUUGUCCCCAACUCGGGACACGGUACUGGACAUGAACGGGUACCAGGUUAUGGUACCGGAACUGGAUGUAUCUCGAGGAUCAGUACCGCAUUCUGUACCACGUUCCGCGGUUUUACAAACAACCAGCACGCUAAAAAAAACGAGUUGGGGACACUUAAAAAAGUGAUGCCGAGUGAGUCUUUAGCCAAAUGUCAGUAUUUGACGACUUGAAAAUUAAAAAAAUAAAUAACAGCAAACAUUUUUAGAUUUCCCAUGAAUAAAUGAAGCUUUUUAUUUCCAAAACUAUUUUCACAUUCAUUAAAUGGAGCUGGAUUCUUGACCUGCUGUUAUUGCUGCAGUUUAUUCUAAAAAACGCAGUAAAAUGUACUUUAAUGUACAGAAAUCUCAUUGUAAAGUAAUAAUAAACAACUGGAAGCAGCUUUUUUUUCCCAGGAAUUUUACAAUAGAACUCUUAAAGUGAACUUAGUUUGGCCUCAUUAUGCAAAUCUGCAGCCUUGAGGUUUUUUUUUUAAGAUUGCAAAAAUGAGUAUCAGUGCAGUCUGCAUAUAGGAUUAGCGUUCAGUGGCAUCCACUCUGACACUACUGCUUUUUCAAUUCAGUGAAUAGCAACUGAUAAUAGUGAUACUUGGUCACAUCCCUAUCUCGUAUUUGUAGAUCCUAUAAAACUGUGUAAGCAUUAAGUAUUCACAUUUCCAGAACAGAAAAAUGUUUUUGUAUUUGUGUAUGUUGGACAGAUUCACACCACUUUUUUAAUUUUGCUUGAAUUGAUAGAACUGAACUGGAUUCAUAGCUGAGAUGCGUACAGCAUCGCCCUUGAUGAGUAAUUUAAAAUGAGAAAAACCACUAUUUUUAAAAAACUGGAAAACUGACGUGUGUGUGAAGUGAACAAAGAGUACCUCAUUUGCAUUUGUCCCAGUUUAGUUUGUAUGUUUUCUUGUUUUUUUAACUCCUAAAACGCAGGCGUUGGAUCAUACAUGUGAGGCGGCGCCCCUGUGGGGCUGUUAGUGCACUGAACUGGAGAUUAUAUUUGAAAAUUUUACUUUCCAGAGCUUUAAAUCAGCCGAUGCUUUAAACGGGAGAGGAUUCAUCCUUUGUUUUCACCUGUAGGUCAGUGUUUAACAGCUAUGAUUAAAAUUAAAACAUUAAUGAUGGUAAAUCUUGUCAUCUUACUUAUUUGGUUUCAUUUUAAAGCUGAUGUUUUAAGAUUCCCUUUCACCAUCUGGCGGUUUCCAGAUGUUUACUCUCCCCAGUUUGCUCAUCAAAACUGCAGGGGGGGGCGAGGCUGAUAACCACUGAUCUUACCUCACUUCAUCCAUUUCUCCACCAAAGGUCGUUUCCAUGUCUCGACUGAAAGGAUGCUGAUAAAACGUGUGCAGGCCUGAGAUAUGUGGAGGCUUUUUGACUUUUUCUGUUGCAUGUUUACAAGUUUAACUUUUAUUUUCUGUACACAACAAAGACAUUUCUGCUUUCCAAAAGAGUUUGUGUAUAUGGUCAGCAAAUAAACACAUUUAUGGAGAAAUUAUGUGUCUGUGGAUCUUUUGGGUGGGGCAUCUGGACUCACACCACAUCAGUUUUCAUAUUAUCUCAAACACAUUACUCAUGUUAGCAUUCCCCACAUAGCAUGUUCUUGGGAGCUGCAGCAGGUUGUGUUGGUGGACAAAGGAGGCCUCUGUGUGGCCUCGUGUCUGCAGAGUCUGGAGACGUUCCUCCGCCUCGUCUGAACUUUUAGCAUGAGCCAGCAUUUGUUUUCACUUGUUCCAGCUCACAGCGGAGAGGAAAAUGCUUUGCUGGCAAAUUAAUGGCAGAAAACUCCCAGGUAAAGAAGAGGACCCACUAAAAGCGUGGAAACAAACUGUGAUGAGGCUCUUUGAACUGCGUAAGCCUGUCUUUGCCUCCUUAGGUUCACAUUUCUAGCAUUAUUUUUAGGAGAUUGUGCAUUUAAGAUAACCUGUCUUUUUUUCUUCCUCCUCAUCCCGUUCUCAUAGCAGAAGAAAACAAUACCCCCCCGUGUCUCAGUCAGUCCCUCUGACCGGACGGCCUGCUGUGACAUCCUGUUUUGGGUUCACGGGACCAGGUUUUAAACAUAUGGUCAUGUUUUGGGUUUGGCUUCUCUUCCACAGUCUGCCUGGGAAUAAACAGACAACAGCUGGCAGAGAACAGUCCCGCUCUGUUUACGAGAGAACUGUCAGGGUCCAGGUCUGACUGAUGCCGAGCAACGCAGCGAUCGCAAGGUUGAGAAACUUGAGCUGGCGUACCUGUUUGAAAGAACGCGUCAGGCCGUUUGAAAGGAGGAUGAUGGACUGACAGGAAGACACCCAUCACGGCUUUGGUGGAGCAGAUGUGGGAUCUCACCUGCAGAUGAAACCACACAGGAGGCUGAGGGGCUUUUACAGCAUUGUCCCUGAGCCAAUCCUGCUGAACUAUGUUUGAACUGAACGUUUUAGAGAUUUCACU